UUGGCCUUUAGGUUCUUUGUCUCUACUGCCAUGGCGCUACGCUUGCUUUUUGUGUUGGGGAUGUUGCUGCUGGUGUGCCUUUCCAAGGUUUCAUCUGAUCUGAAGAUAGGAGAAGAAGUACUAGAAGAAGAAGAACUGCACUUUCCUGAAGAGCCACUUAUUGUGAGAGGCGGGAACAGAAGGCUAAUGCAAAACAUAGAUUGUGGUGAGUUGUGCAAAUCGAGGUGCAGUGUUCAUUCGAGGCCCAACCUGUGCAAUAGGGCAUGUGGGACUUGCUGUGUGAGGUGCAAGUGUGUUCCCCCUGGUACCUCUGGAAAUAGGGAGCUCUGUGGAACUUGCUAUACUGAUAUGACCACCCAUGGGAACAAGACCAAGUGCCCUUAGAGAAACAAACCCAUGGGCCACUGGCCCAACUAAAU